AUGGCCCACUCCCCUGCGCGAUCCAGGGGCCCACAACUUCAACCCAGGCGCAGGUUGGAGCUCGCUGCCCGGACAGCUGCCCGAUCCUUUUCCCAUCGAGCUGAACUCGACUUGCCUGUCCCGCAGCGGCGAAACUGCUCUCCAACUCCCACCAAAAAAGAGCACCGUGGACCAUCACGCCUCAAGCCACCUCCGGGCUUCCCGGGACCGAUCCCCGCUCCCUGCUCCCGUGUGUGGGAAAGACUGGAGUGUGUGUGCGCCCGCUCUCCGUGCGUGAGGAAGACUGAAGUGUUUGACCGCCUGACCCAAACGGGUAGAAAGCAUCUUCACCUCUGGGACUUGGCAGUAACAGUAAGACUUGCUGGAGUUGUAUUGUGUGUGAUGAUGAUGUGUUUCUGA